CCAUCGAUGCGUAAUGGGUUGUUUAUUUGUACAUUAGUCCUAUGUGUUUGGCCGGYAAGUGGUUUUCUAUGGGACAAGGAGGUYGAYAUCGURCGCUCUGAAUGGUCUUCAGUAGUUGUAGUYGUUCGCCAUGUUGAAUACAUUGGUGUCAUUGACAACGGCACUUUAGAUUGUGGUGUUCCWGGCUUYACUAAAUAYCGYUGGACGAUCAUCAAUAAAGCRACCAAAGAAGGAUUUACUGAAUCAUACAUCAUGGGCUCAGGCGAURAAAAGAUUCCUGAAUCCCAGUCCCAYCUCAAGAUCGGCGGMGAUGAUGGAUUUCCUCUUGUAAACGAUUUAAUGGUUGUUUCAUGYGAGGCUWUAGUCGGACUACAACCCUACAUGCAGAUUAUCUGGGCUAUAACCAGGCUCCACUCGCCAUUAGGCUAUCCUACAGAUCCACGUGUUUGCGAUUUUGGUGGGAAAACGUUUGAAACYAACUGYACUUGGUACCAAUGGACKUACAAGACUGACUGUUACUACRACAAAGGACUGGAGUACAGUGGGAGUGUGAAUCGUGCUAAACAUCUCAAGUGUAAAUACUGGCAUAUGCCGACAGGAAUUCACCAUGAAUCACACGUGUUUGCAAAGUUGAUGAAGAUUUUUGAUGAAGGUGGCCAUGACUACUGUAGGAACGUAGCCGUUAACCCUUCAUGCUAUCUUAAAAAAAAGAAGACUGGAUCCUGUCGACAGAACAUCUUGWCUCAACCUUGGUGUUWCYCWGACGACAACCCUGACGAGAAACCUUACAAGAUCCACUACUGCAACGUCAGGGAAUGCUCCUCCUGUAUCUAUGGAAACGGUGAYGGAACCUUUAAGCUCUACCCUAAGAAGAAAUUCCCAGAAUACCUCGGGAGAAGCAUAAAAACGACUAAGAAAUCCCAAGGGAACCCUGUGUUGUGUCUACAAGGGAUAGGAUGGGAGGACAAUGUUUGUAGGACGUCCAUAAGCAUCCAAACCAAAUCCAUGGACAAGCCUCAUGYYGUUACCAAGACAACCCCUCAUUGCUAUGUAGCCAAGCCUGGUGCYGAUGCAUCUAAGAUCAAAAAAGUCCCUGAUAAGAAUUUAGAAUUAGCGAGUUGUAAGUUCCGUCAAUGCACAGUCAGGCAGGUUUGGUUUCUGUUUUUCAAUACGUAUGGAAAGCCUUUCUUUGUAGAAUCUAAUUUCAAGGGAAUCAAAAUUGAACUGGUCGCGGGUAGAAAAGAGGAAAGAGUUAAGUUUGCAGCCUUUGGUAUUCAUCUCACUGAAGGRCUGAAACUAGGAAGUCGAGAUUACGCCGUGUCCAACUAUCUUGGUUCUUUUUCACUGAUUGUGAGACGACCACCUGACAAAAUGAGUGAGUUGGUCAUCAAGAACAUCAAGAAACAAUAUUCAGGCAAAUAUUUCAUGGAAUACAAGUUCGCUGAKGCUGAUCCAAAAAUCGACCAAGCAGCUUACAAGGUUAACUUUGAAAUAGAUGUAAAACAACCAACAAAGUUCUCCUUGAAUCCYUCWGUACUUAAAGURUGUCUGAAAGGAAACGGGAAAAUAACUGCUACAAUCAAAGGACAUUUUCCGAUUCUUGACGAUACAAUUCAAUGGAAAUACGGUACYAGUCGCACUGCAAUAAAGACCGACAUACUACCGYAYAACACACGMUUUGAACUCAGCUCAAAUGCGAAGAGCCUGGUGAUUAAAAGCGUCACUGAGGGAUUAUGGGUAAGCGUUGAGGGUCGGAGUUACUCRGGAAGGACAUCAGCAGUGGCACAGAUUUCAUUAAAAGCGUUCUUAAAGCCUGUCAGUCCCCUUACUCAAUAUGCCCUACCCGGCGAUGAUGUCACACUUAUGAUAGAAAGCAACCAAUUGCAGCCCGUCACUUGGGUGUUCGAUGCCAUGGUGAUACAAAGCUUACCUGACGAUCCAAAYAUGGGAUUUCGUCGAGUUGCGCGCGGAAACAAUGUCGUGACGUCAUUAGUUAUUAGUGACGUCAAAGAGCAUCAYUAUGGAAAAUAUUACGUAGAAGCCACUCUAGAUGGCUGUAAGAGUGUCGUCACAUUUCAAGUUCAACAUUCUAGUGAAAACCCUGAGUUUGCAAACGUGGAAGCUAAAAAGCCUUCAACACCUAUCGCUUUUAAUAGAACAGGAUUGUGGUGUACAGAUGAGUUGGAUCCUUAUGCUUUCUACUUUAACGUCGAAUUCCAAUCCCUGUCAACGAUUGGUGCUUUUCGYAAUGAACCACUAWCAGAUUCUAAAGCUGUUGAAAUCCAGCAUUAUUCCAUCAAAUACAGCCUUGACAAAAGCUCUUGGAAGAGAUUUAAACUUAAACACAAYAUUUCACGGAUUUCAUACACAUUUCUCGGAAACAAAAUACAGUGGCUGUCAGGACCAAUGACAGCUCGGUAUCUACGCAUUUACCCAGAGAGACUGGAUUCUACAGCAUGUAUGAGAGUUAGGUUCUUUGGCUGUGAAGGGAGGACUUUAGAUUGUGAUGAAAUAAAGGAAAUCAAAGAACCGCUUCCCCUAGAGCUYAUCAUUGGCAUUCCAUCUGGAGUUGUGCCGUUAGUGAUUAUAAUUGCCAUCUGUCUGUGGAGACGAAAACAUGCCAUUGAUGAAGAAAAGGAAAGGGAACGAAAGAUUUCUAAGAGAAAGAGAAAACACAGGUCAUUGGAAGGAGACAGAGAAUCAAAAAAGAAAGGGAAAAAGAAACGUGAUGCUAAGAAAAAAGACAGAGACGAAGAGCACCCGAAAGAAAAACGAAGAAAAUAUACCAGUAGUGAUGAAAGCAGUUUUGAACUUGACAGUGAAGAAGAAAGAGAAAUUCGCAGAAAAGCAAAACUAAAAGCAAAGAAGAAGGAGAUUGAAAUGGAAGAAAGACUGAGAUUAAAACGAAAGAUAGCAAAACAACGUAAAAUACAAAAUUCCGUUGAUCAAGAAACGGAAGACGAAAGCGAGCAAAACAACAAAACUGAUGAGCCAAAGAACAAAACCGAAAAAGAGGAAAAGAAGAGAGAAGAGAGAAAGAAAAAGAGAAGAGGUAGAAAGAGUAGUCCCUCAAAGAGAAAUCAACAUGCUUCUAGUCGCCAAGACAAGCAGCUUUCUUCUUCAAUAGUAAAGGAGAGACCAACGAAAGAGAUUUCCGAAAGUGAAUCAGCAACAUUUAGCGAAAGUUUUUCUUGAUGUUUUCCUGUUUUCAUUGUGUUCAACAUUGUGUUCAACUACAGUGUAGUAAAUACUGCAAUUAAUGUCCGUUGUUUUCUUGUCUGUAAUAAAAUAACUCAAAGGCAGCUAUGCCUGUAAUUGAGUAAAACUCGUAGUCUAUCCCACCAACCAUAGCGGGCAAAAGCGGUAUCCUCCUCCAGGUCAGGACUUCCG